AUGGGUUUCGGAGAAGGUACCAAAUGGGUUACUGAGCCAGACACCUACGUUUGUAAGCUGACUAAAGAAACUCAAGAAGUUGCUAAGGAGGAACUGAGGGAAGAUGAGUCGAGACGUAACACUGCUCUGGAACAAAUGCGUGAUUAUAUUAUGCGAAAUGAGCGCAUUGAAAAUUGCCGUCUUGAUGCUCAAUUUCUUCUUAGAUUCUUGAGAGUUAAAAAAUUCAGUGUACCGAUGUCUCAGGAAGCUGUUGAAAGAUAUUUGUUACUGAGACAAGUUUAUCACCCAGCUUUUAAUAAUUUGGAUAUCAAUGAGCCCAAUAUGGAUGAGUUGCUAUCACUUGGGUACAUUUUUGCUGCACCAGGCCGUGAUGCAAAUGGCCGACGGGUUAUUAUUAACAGACCUGGAGUUUUUGAUCCAUACAAAUAUACCAACGUUGACAUGUGCAAAAUCCACGGAAUUGCAUAUGAAACAUUGAUGGAGGACGAAGAAAACCAAGUGCGCGGAUUUUCGCACUUCGCAGAUGGGGCUGGAGUUGGAUUUCCGCAUAUUACUUUAUUUACACCACGUGAAGCUGUUCGCAUUGUUAAGAAUGGCGAACGCACUAUUCCGAUGAGGCAUAAAGAGGUCGUCGGGAUAAACGUCCCGAAAAAACUGCAGUACGUCCUAGAUUUCGGGAUGUCCCUGGUAUCUGACAAAAUAAAGAAGCGCGUGACUUUGUAUGAAAAUUUGGAAGAAGCUAUUUCCAAGGGAAUGGACACCAGCAUGUUGCCGAAAGAGUAUGGUGGUAAAAUGCCCAUGAAAGAGAUGAUUGAAUUAUGGAGAAAGGAAGUGAUGGAUGCACGACCAACUCUAUUGAGAAAUGACAAAAUGAAAGUACGCAUUAAUAUGUACUCGGAAAAAGCACGCGAAGGAGCUGUUUCGGCUUUGAAACAAGGCUUGGGCUGUGGCGACUUGAAUUCCGGUGACUCAACGAUACACGGGCUCAGUGGAUCUUUCAGAAAAUUAGAAGUUGAUUGA